AUGGAGCACCACAGCAGGGAGGAGAUGGACUCAAAAGAGGAAAGUCCUCAGGUGUGGGCUGACUCUGCUGAGCAGGAGCAGAACACUGCUCAGGUGCACUUUGUCCCUGAGGGGGGGACAGUGGCCCAGAUUGUGUACAGUGAUGAGCAGGACCGUCCCUCGCAGCAGGUGGUCUACACGGCAGAUGGCACCUCCUACACCUCCGUGGACACCUCGGAGCACACGCUCGUUUACAUCCACCCUGUGGAAGCUACACAGACUCUGUUUACAGAUCCGUCCCAAGUGGCUUACGUCCAACAGGAUGCCACCACCCAGCAGGCAUCAUUACCGGUGCAUAACCAGGUCUUGCCUCCUAUGGAGGCAGUGGAUGGUUCUGACCCUUUAGCACCUCUGGAGAAUCAAAUGGGAAGGAUGGAAACAAAAGAGGAAGAUGAUGAGGAUGAAGAUGAGGAUGAAGAUGGGGAAGACACUGACAUGGAUGAAUGGGAUCCAGAUCCACCUCGACCCUUUGAUCCCAAUGAUUUGUGGUGUGAAGAGUGUAAUAACGCCCAUCCCUCUGUGUGUCCAAAGCAUGGACCUUUGCAUCCCAUCCCAAACCGGCCAGUGCUGACCAGGGCUAGAGCCAGCCUCCCCUUGGUGCUCUACAUAGACAGGUUUUUGGGAGGUGUGUUCUCCAAAAGGCGUAUCCCAAAGCGCACACAGUUCGGACCUGUGGAAGGACCCCUGGUCAGACAAACUGAACUGAAAGACUGCUACAUCCAUUUGAAGGUUUCCCUUGAUAAGGGCGACAGAAAAGACAGAGAACUGCAAGAAGACCUGUGGUUUGAACUUUCUAGCGAGGCUCUUUGUAACUGGAUGAUGUUUGUGCGUCCAGCUCAAAACCACCUCGAGCAGAACCUGGUAGCCUAUCAGUAUGGCCACCAUAUUUAUUACACGACCAUUAAAAACGUGGAGCCCAAGCAGGAGCUCAAGGUGUGGUACGCUGCCUCUUAUGCAGAGUUUGUGAACCAGAAGAUCCAUGACAUUUCUGAGGAGGAAAGGAAGGUUCUCAGAGAGCAAGAGAAGAACUGGCCGUGUUACGAGUGCAACCGCCGUUUCAUGAGCUCGGAGCAACUUCAGCAGCACCUCAACUCCCAUGAUGAGAAGCUGGACUUCUUCAGCAGAGCCAGAGGCCGAGGUCGCGGGCGAGGAAAGAGGAGGUUUGGACCAGGCAGACGCCCGGGGCGCCCUCCCAAAUUCAUGCGUAUGGAAGUAACCAGUGAAAAUGGGGAAAAGUGUGAAGAGGGGAUGCAGGACUUGCUGCAUUUUUCCAGCAAGGGUCAGUUUGAUGAGGCCGGACAAGCGCCACUGAAUGGGUUGGAGCAGCAGGAACAGACUCCAGUGCCAUCAGAGACACAGUCAGCACUGGAGCAGCAGUCAGAAAACCACCCGCUGCAGAUCCAGCCGCAGCAUGAGGAGAGCACGGUGCCUGCGCAGAGCACCAUGACAGCAGAUGACAUGAGGCGAGCAAAGCGUAUCAGGAAUGCAGCUCUGCAGCACCUGUUCAUUCGGAAGUCCUUCCGGCCGUUCAAGUGCCUGCAGUGUGGGAAGGCCUUCCGGGAGAAGGACAAACUGGAUCAGCACUUGAGGUUCCACGGCCGGGAAGGGAACUGCCCUUUGACCUGUGACAUUUGCAACAAGGGCUUCAUCAACAGCGGUGCUCUGGAAAGCCACAUGAAGUUCCACAUGGACCAAAAAACAUACUCCUGCAUUUUCUGUCCCGAGUCCUUUGACCGCUUGGAUCUGCUUAAAGAUCACGUGGCCAUCCACGUCAACGAUGGCUAUUUCACCUGCCCCACCUGCAAAAAACGCUUUCCAGACUUCAUCCAGGUGAAGAAACACGUUCGCAGCUUCCACUCAGAGAAGAUUUACCAGUGCACGGAGUGCGACAAGGCGUUCUGCCGGCCCGACAAGCUGCGGCUGCACAUGCUGCGCCACUCGGACCGCAAGGACUUCCUGUGCUCCACGUGUGGCAAGCAGUUCAAGAGGAAAGACAAGCUGCGAGAGCACAUGCAGAGGAUGCACAACCCAGAGAGGGAGGCCAAGAAAGCCGAUCGAAUCAGCCGCUCCAAAACCUUCAAGCCUCGGAUCGCCUCCACCGACUACGAGAGCUUCAUGUUCAAGUGCCGGCUCUGCAUGAUGGGCUUCCGCCGGAGGGGCAUGCUGGUGAAUCAUUUAUCAAAGAGACAUCCAGACAUGAAAAUAGAAGAGGUGCCAGAGCUCACGUUGCCCAUCAUCAAACCCAACAGAGAUUACUUCUGUCAGUACUGUGAUAAGGUGUACAAGAGCGCCAGCAAACGCAAAGCACACAUCCUGAAGAACCAUCCUGGUGCUGAGCUACCCCCAAGCAUCCGGAAGCUGCGCCCCGCGGGCCCAGGAGAGCCAGAUCCCAUGCUGAGCACCCACACCCAGCUGACAGGCACCAUAGCCACCCCUCCAGUCUGCUGUCCUCACUGUUCCAAGCAGUACAGCAGCAAGACCAAGAUGGUACAACACAUCCGCAAGAAGCACCCAGAGUUUGCUCAGCUCCCUAACACCAUACAUGCUCCACUGACAACAGCUGUCAUCAGUUCCACUCCUGCUGUUCUAACCACUGACAGCACUACUGGAGAGACUGUUGUGACAACAGAUCUACUGACACAGGCAAUGACAGAGAUUUCCCAGACCCUCACAACAGACUAUCGAACUCCCCAGGGGGACUACCAGCGAAUCCAGUACAUCCCAGUGUCUCAGUCCACAACUGGCCUGCAGCCACCUCAGCACAUACAGCUGCAGGUCGUUCAAGUGGCCCAGGCUACCUCACCUCACCAGUCCCAGCACUCCACAGUAGAUGUUGGGCAGCUUCAUGACCCCCAGACUUACACCCAGCAUGCUAUCCAGGUGCAGCACAUCCAGGUCACUGAGCCAUCGCCAGCGACUCAGUCAUCAGCACAGGUUGGAGGUCAGCCUUUGAGCCCUUCCUCACAACAAUCUCAGCAGGCACUCAGCCCCUCCCAGAUGCAAACGACCUCGACACCAAACCAAGCUGUCCAGCAGCAGCAAGGAGCUGCAGUCCAGCACACCUAUCUUCCCAGCACCUGGAAUUCGUUUCGGAGCUAUUCAUCUGAGAUUCAGAUGAUGACCAUUCCCCAAGGCCAGUAUGUGAUCACAGAGACAGCUGUAGGUACACCAGUCACUACUGUCAACACAGGGCAAGUCAAAGCAGUUACUCAGACUCACUACGUGAUAUCUGAAGGCCAGCCUGAUCUGGAUGUCAAACAAAACUCCUCGCUCUCCAGUGAGGUGCAGGUGGGUGUUUCCCAGCCCCCAGCCCACACGGAUCCCUUGGAAUCACCAGCCAGCAGCCAGCAGCAAACCACCCAGUACAUAAUCACUACGACCACCAACGGGAGCGGCGGCAGCGAGGUGCAUAUCACCAAACCAAGAACUUUCCCAGCAGAACAUGAAUGAAGAAACCUCACCUGGCACUUGCUUGUUACUUGUCACCUGCCCCUAAAGCCCAGAUAUAUGGGUGUCCUGGGGCUCAGUAUGUUUUAAAAUAUAUGCUCACUUCUCAGCUAAAAUCAUGGAGCUCUU